AUGAGGGGUCGACCUAUUAAGAUGCCUCACAUUAAUUCCGGGUUCCCAUCUCGUGUGAAUCCUGAUAUAGGUGAUGAUUCGCAUUCAUCUACAAGCAAUUCGCCUGCCCGUGCCGAUUAUGAGGAAUCCGAUUUCUUCACCGGAAACAACGAUUCGCAGUCCUCCAUCGGCGUGCCAACGUUCCAAGAUAUGGCUGUGACAGAGACUUGUGUAUCGGCAUCGAACAGAUUACCGGCAGAAGUCCUCAUCAACAUAUUUGCAAGGCUCUCCCAUCCAAACGACCUUUUAUCUAGCAUGCGAGUAUCGAAGAAAUGGGCUAGGAACAGUGUUGAUUUGUUAUGGCACCGACCGGCAUGUUCGACAUUUCCGAAACUCGGGCACAUUUGCAACACGCUUACCUUGGAAAACCCCUACUUCGCAUAUCGAGAUUUCGUCAAAAGGUUAAAUCUGGCCAUCUUAGCAGAUCGUGUCAGUGAUGGAACCGUUCAACCUCUCUCCGUAUGCACAAGGGUGGAACGGUUAACCUUGACCAACUGCGUGGGUAUCACAGAUAGUGGAUUGACUGGACUUAUCACCGAUAACAGUCACCUACUUGCUUUGGAUAUUUCUGGAGAUAAACAAAUUACCGAGGCUUCCAUGUUCACUUUGGCAGAGCACUGUCGUCGACUACAAGGCCUGAAUAUAUCGCAGUGCGUUAAAAUCUCGUCUGAGUCUAUGAUUAAAGUAGCUGAAAGUUGCCGACACCUCAAACGUCUUAAACUAAAUGAAUGUGAACAAUUAGACGACCGAGCCAUCAUGGCAUUCGCUCUAAAUUGCCGUAACAUCCUCGAAAUAGAUCUCCACCAGUGCAAAUUUAUUACCAACGACCCGAUUACCGCUCUCAUCACAAAUGGAAACGCUCUGCGAGAACUUCGAUUGGCGAAUUGCGAAAUGAUUACCGAUAACGCAUUCCUCAACCUACCUCAUAGGGUGACAUAUGAUCAUUUACGCAUAUUAGAUCUCACAAGCUGUCAGCGUCUCACAGAUGCUGCUGUUGAAAAGAUCAUUACUGUUGCGCCAAGAUUGAGAAAUUUAGUAUUCGCAAAAUGUAGACUCUUGACCGAUCAUGCGGUUCAUUCCAUCAGCAGGCUGGGGAAGAAUCUUCAUUACCUUCACCUUGGACAUUGUGGGCAAAUUACCGAUGCUGCCGUUAUCAAACUCGUUCAAGCAUGCAAUCGUAUCCGUUAUAUCGAUCUCGGUUGUUGUAUUCACCUCACAGAUGCAUCUGUCACCAAGCUCGCUACCCUUCCCAAGCUAAGGCGCAUCGGUCUAGUUAAGUGUUUAGCUAUUACCGACGAGAGUGUUAUAGCAUUAGCUGUCGCGCAAAGACAAAGGCAGUUAGGACACAGAGGACAUCAUAUCGACGACGCAGCUUACACUGGAAGUUGUCUUGAAAGAGUACAUCUUAGCUAUUGUACCAAUUUAACGCUUUCGAGCAUAAUCCUACUGCUUAAGAAUUGCCCAAAAUUGACUCAUCUAAGUUUGACUGGCGUUCAAGCUUUUCUACGACAGGAUCUCGAACAGUUUUGUAGAGAUGCUCCGCAGGAGUUCACUGAACAUCAGCGCAAUGUUUUUUGUGUCUUUUCCGGUCCUGGUGUCAACGGUCUACGCAAUUUCUUGACUCAAGAUGAACGACAAAUUAUUGAUGGGGACGAAGAUGAUAUUGUGAUUGAACCGGGGAUGGAUACACAAACUAUUUCAGAUGCUGAUGACGACCAAGCAAUGACUGGCAUGAUGAACGCGACGGCACUAAAUACCGAGGAAAACGACGCUGAUGUUGACGAAGCCUUAGAUGAUUCGCAGUUCCCAGUUUUUCCAUAG